AUGCCACUGAGAAGACGCUCAGUCAGUAUCGCUGCGGAGUUUGGAGGUAGAGCGCGUUCGUUUCUUGGAUACAUACGCAGGGACCGUGGGCCAAGCCAAACGUUUGAAACCGGUGUUUCACACAAGUACUCGUGUCCUCUACUCAUCCCGGGAGUCGGACUUAGGCUGUCCGAGAUGACGCUGUGCAGUCUGUUUGCCCUCGUGACGUUGUUAUUGCUGCACGCAGAGGGCAGGCGUGGGGACACGGCGGUCGCUAACAGUAAUGGAAAUCCGCUGGACAACGACAAGUGGAUGAGCACCGUGUCCCAGUACGACAAGGAUAGAUACUGGAACAAAUUCCGAGACGAAGUUGAGGAUGACUACUUCAGGAGCUGGAGUCCUCAUAAACCACAGGGCCAAGGGUUGGACAUUACUAAAGAUCCCUGUGUGAAAGUGCGCUGUCCCCCCCACAAGGUGUGUGUCAGUCAGGACUACCAGACGGCCAUCUGCACAAGCCGCAGACAGACACAACAUAGGAAGGGAAGCCUGACCCACAAGCAUUGGGCUGGAACGGGUCAUCAUGGGAAAUGUAGGCCGUGCCCUGUCAUCCACCCCAGCCCAGUAUGCGGUUCGGAUGGACACACCUAUUCCUCUAAGUGUAAACUGGAAUUCCAGGCCUGCAUCUCCAGCAAGACCAUCGCAGUUAAGUGUGAGGGGCCGUGUCCUUGUCUACCUGGACAGGAAGUCAUCAAACCACAUAACGAGAAAACCGGUUGCAGUGAUGCUGAUUUGAGAAGUCUAGCCUCUAGACUGAAGGACUGGUUUGGUGUUCUGCACUUGGAUGCCAACAGAGACCUGAAGACAUUCAAUACAGACUCUACUCAAGGACGCUUCGACACCAGUAUUCUGCCCAUCUGUAAGGACUCCCUGGGUUGGAUGUUCAACAAGUUGGACAUGAACUAUGACCUCCUCCUCGACCAAUCAGAGCUCAGUGCCAUUUAUCUUGACAAAUACGAGCUUUGUAUGAAACCACUCUUCAACUCCUGUGACUCCUUUAAAGAUGGAAAACUCUCCAACAAUGAGUGGUGCUAUUGCUUCCAGAAACCAGAGGGUCUCCCCUGCCAAAAUGAAAUGCACAGGAUCCAGACUCAAAGUCGACGGAAAAGUCUCAUAGGUGUGUAUAUCCCUCGUUGUACAGAAGAAGGAUAUUUUAAACCAACUCAGUGUCAUGGUAGUACCGGACAGUGCUGGUGCGUUGACAAGUAUGGCAAUGAGAUUGCCGGUUCUCGGAAACAGGGCAACCCCACCUGCGAUGAGGACCAAGAGACCUCGGGAGAUUUUGGCAGUGGGGGGGCUGUAAUUCUCCUUGAUGACCAAGAGGAGGAGGAGCCAGUCCGAAAUGUGCGGAGUCGGCAGAAGGAUAGGAGGAGUCGACUCCAUCCCCGAGGGGCUAUUGAGGAUGAUGAAGACGAAGGUGACGACAAAGAUGAUGAGAUUGGCUAUGUCUGGUAG